UAUAAAUUAUCUUACCUCCCAGAGAGUAUAAUCAACAAAGCUAGGCAAGUUUUUAAAACAAAAGUCUGUAAUAAUUAUUUUCACAAUAAUACCCACGAAAUAUUUUAUUCUAUUGGGAUAAUUAGCAACUAUCUGUUGAGGUUAGCCACGGAGAAGAGCUGCAUGUUUACAUUUGUGAUUUCUUGAAAAUGGGAUCAAAAGACAAGACAGAAAUUUCAGGCAUGUAAAGAAGAACGCAGGUGUAGUUUAUUCUGACACCAGUUCAGCUUGUUCGCAAUGUGUAAAAACCAGGUCAUGUUGUGUUUACAAAUGAAAUAAAUUUAGUGCAACUUACUGAUUCAUUAAACAAAAUCUAUACGUGAAUAAAAAUGGAAGAUGCAACACAAAGAAGUAAACUUUUUUUGCACAACGUUGCAUGUCAUAAUUUGUCAGAUAAGGAGAGAGCUAAGUUAAUUGCUUCCCUGCAGCAUUAUCAAGAUAAUAAGUCAAUUGAACAGUUUUUUAAGCGUCUGGUCAUUAUUCUAAAGCCAAUAGCAAAACUUGAAAUGCUAUAUGAUAUUCGAAGUAUUGUUUACCAGAAAGAUCUUGAAAGUUUUGACAAGAUGUUAAACUCCCUUAUUAGAAGUAAUUUAGUUACUGCACCACAUGUUAUUAGGGACACUUAUAGCACAGCAUCAACUUCUUCAAGUAAUGAUCUAUCUCAAACUGCACCAGUUAUACAUAAUUCGAAGCAAAGGUCUGUUAGUAAUUUGUCACCCAAUAAACUGAAGACAUUUAAAUACUUAAAAGAUAAUGGAAAUUUGACUUUGCCAAAUAAACUUUCCACAUCUACAAAUGGCAUAAAAUAUACAGUUGUCAAUUUUGUGCAACCAGAUAAAUUCCAAGACCUAGGGUUCAGUAUUUGUGGUGGUCAAGAAAAUAAAAUGGGUAUUUUUAUUGGCUUUGUCGAACCUUCAUCAAAUGCAGACCACAGAGGAUUAAAAGUUGGAGAUGUGAUAGUUGAAGUAAAUGGUAUAUCUUUGGAAAAUAUCUUGUUAAACUCUGCACUUGGCUUACUAAAAAAUUUGAAGCAACUGAAAUUUGUUUUGAAAAGAGGAAAUAUAACUGACCUGUCUCCCUUGCAUCUCAUUAAUCCAUGGACACACAAGAAAAAGAUUAUACGUAGUAAUGUGUUGCAGUCUCAAGUGCAACCAACAGGAAGUGCAAGAAAAUUUUAUCCCCAACAAUCUGGAAAUAAGAAGUCUUCUCCUUUGCUAGUACCUAAAAAUGUUUUUCAUACCACUACUCCCCCACCAUCUAAGCCUGAUGGCAUUGAUGACCAUAUUCUAGAGCGAAGAGUAAAUUUGGUUAUUGAUCAAAGAGAACCAAAGAAAUCUCUUGGUUUUAAUAUCCGAGGAGGUUGUGAAUAUGGAAUUGGUAUUUUUAUAUCAAGUGUUGUUGCUGAUUCUCCUGCAGAUCAAUGUGGUCUUCGUCCAGGCGAUCAAAUAAUUGAAGUUAAUGGAAUAAGUUUUGAAAACAUUAACCAUCAUGAUGCAAUUAACUACAUUAGAAAGCGUCACCAGCUAUCGAUAACUGUGAAGCAUGUUGGUAAGGUUCCAGAGGGAAGACAUUUAGUCCCUCUAUAUAGUUGGAUAACAACAAAUGGAGAAAGAUGCUACAGCAGACAGUCAGAUACAUCCUCUGACUUAAACAGGACUAACUCGUUGAACUCUGCAUUUUCAUCAAAUAUAUUGAACGAUGGUAGCAUAGAUGCCACUUCUAACAAAUCUCUUCAAAAAUUGCAUCCUAAACAGUCUCUUAGUAACCAGUCUGUUGCAACAAAAUCACCUGGGGAUAGUCCCAAAAAUCGUCAUCUGCCUAAACGUACUGGAUCCUUGGAUCGUGUAGAUUUUUUGACGUCUACGCCAACGAAACCAGAAAAGCCUACAAAACAUUCAAAACACGAAAGAUCCCAAAGCCUUCAUGUAAACAGCAACAGGAGCGAGCAGAAAAGUCAUUUCACUUCACUUGCAAAUAGUGUAAAAGAGGACAAGAAAGAGGACAAGCUUGUCUUGUCAUCAAAGCACAAAAGGUCUUCCAGUGUUGAUAAUGGAAAGAAACUUCAUAAACAGAACCCAGCUUUGAGUUUGCGCAGGACGAAUUCAGUUCCUGAUAAUACCGCUGUUCAAGACUCGCAGAAAGGUAUAGCUAGUGACGAGCAUGUAAAGAAGAUAAACAGUCGUGGCAAGUCUUCAAGCUUGAGUGAUUUAAGUAAUUUGAACACAAAUCAACGUAAUAAAAGCUUGAGUAAAAAGAUGACGGGUAGUUUGGAUAAUUUAAAUAAAAAAGACAGAGAGAAACAUUCGUUUCUUCGCAGACAAGGUGAAAAAAUCAAGAAUGCUUUGAGUUGGAAAAAAAGAAAAGAUAAGAAUAACAAUGACAGGAAUUUGUUCGAAAGUGCUUUGUUCGACAACAAGCGAACACAAAUACAAAGUUUGGAUCGCAAAAUGCAAGAUAUUCUUUCAACGAAUGACUACAAGACUGUCAAGGAGCAUGUCACUGAUUACCUAGCGAAAGGUGAUAUUGAAAUAUUUCUUAUUCACCUUCUGGAUGCGUUUAAUACUCCACAGAAAUACAAACUCAUACCAGCAGUAAGGGGGAUUAUUUGUCCUUAUGAAAUCGAUCGUUUCGAUGCUAUAGUGGCGAAGCAUGAAUAUGAGAACAUUCGUAAAUUGAAACCCGAAGAGUCAGUGACUCCAGUUAUCUACGAUAAACACAAAAAGCCGUCGAAGAAGACAACCGUAUCUGCAGUAAUAUCGCCAAAGUCACAGAAAUUCAGUUUAAAAUCCACAAAAGAAGAGAACGAAAAAAUGAUUUACAACCGAAUUAAUACAAAACACUAUCAUAAGAGUAUAUCUUUGAAUGACGAGUUAACGAAUGAAAAGUUUGGCUCGAUUAGUCGUAUGCCUCAACCAUCCAUGAUGUAUGCUAGUAUGUUACAGAAAGGAAGACCAGAAUCGCUUGAACAAAACAAAAAUGAACGAGAACGAAUAAACAGCUCGGAAUUCAGCUCUUUUCUCGAUGACUCGAGCGAUAAAAUUGGUGCCCAAAAGGACGAGAAACCGAAAGAAACGUUUGAAGCAAAGCGCAAAAGGACAGUAUCAUUUGACGAGAAAUAUAAUACUGUAACAACAUUUCAAGAUACUUUACCGAAACCAACAAAUAAAAACGAUAUUGUCAAUCAAGCAAGUGAUAAAAUAAACCGUGACCGAAAAUACAGCGUUCCAGUUCGAAACUCUCCCAGGUACGUACAAGUAAAAGUGGAAGCCGCUGAACCGAAAAACAAGCCCUACAAAAAUUACUUGAGCAGAAGCCAGGAGACACUGAAUCGAAUUGAUUCAAAUGGAGUAAAUACAAAUGACUUUUUGCUGCAAAAGAGUAUACAAAAUGAUUCAUGUGAAUCAAUGAGCAGUAGUGAAAUUAUUGACAGUAAACCGGAUAAUUUAGCUAUUUCUAAUAGAAAUAAUGCAACGCUGGAUUCAGCCGUACAACGUGGAAGCUCGCCAGGAAAUCCUGCAACAAAUGGGCAUGCCAUGUUGAACGAUGCUGAAGAAAGGGAGGCAGGCGACACGGUGCCUGAUGAGUUAUACGCGAUUGUCAACAAACCAAAGAAACAAGAUCCUAGUCAGAUAAAAGUGCGCGAUAGUUUUUGUGCGUACGAACUUGAUCUUUCUUCUUCACCCGAUACAAUACAUAAAAGUUACUCCCUUUCCAUCGAUACUGUCAACAUAAACAAACCGCACAAGGUCUACAAGUACUCAAAAGAUUCACCAAAACCUCUUGUGGUUUUGAAUGGUAACGACUCAUGUGAAAAUAAACCAACUGUUAACGGUGCUGGAGCAACUGUUGAAGAAAACUUAGUCGACAAUGGCCCAACUGUUGAUGGUGCUACAGAUGGACGACCGGAUGUGUCAGAUAACGUAAGUGAAAAUGAACCAACUAUUAACGGCGUUCCGACCGAACGUCUCGCUGCACCUGAUCAUGGAAAGGACCUGCUAACGAAUACAAGGCUUAGUGAAAGCGGGAACGAUUUGCACGAAAUAGACGUACCGAAGGGAUUUUCUUCCUUAGGAUUGAGUAUAUCAGGCGGGAGUGACUCAAAAACGCAGCCUGACAUCAAGAUAGCAGUAGUACACCCAGAUACAGCAGCCUUUGUGACCCCACUAAAGGCUGGUCAGAUACUAAUCUCCGUGGAUGGUGAAAGCCUGAUUGAUAUUCCACACAAAGAAGCUGUCAAUAUAAUACGCAUGCGCUAUAAAGAUAAAACACAUCCCACAAUGCACGUUGUUGUUUCUGAUCACUAAUACUACAGAAGAACAUGAUGGAGCAAACAGACAGUUACAUGGGAUUUGUCCCAUUUUGGAUGGAUGAAGCAUUCUCUUCGUGACAGAUUCAAAUUACUUGAUUUAACCGAGUUCGAUAUUUUGAAGAAAAGUUCAUAUUUAUGUCAAAUCAUUGAACAAAAUAUUUUGUUCGUACUUUUAUAAACCGUACAAAUAGAACUUGAAGUAAUUUUCUUCGUUCAUUAAAACAGCUGAUUUGCCACUGGGCUUAAACAAAUUUUGUAUACUAUAUAUAUUUUUUUUAAGUAAAGUCGCAACACAAAAUUAUAAAAUGAAUAUUUCUUACAUCUUUUAAAACUUUUAGUGAUUCUGAAAUAAUUUAAUGACCGUCUCCUGUUUUAGUGCCUCCUUUAAUAACCGCCACCACCCCCUCCCACCCUCCCCCUCCUUCCUUAAUUUCCAAAAAAAAUAAUAAACGUCUGGGUGGUAAUAGAGGAAAUCCGGUACUUUAAAGGAGAACACAGAUUUUUUAUUCUGUUUUUGUGCUUAUUGUUAAGCUAGCAGUUUUUAAUUAUAAACUAUAUUGAUUUUUAUAAGAAAAAGUUUUUAUAUAUAAUACAUAAUAGUUUUUUACAAACUUCUAUUUUUGUAACUUAGGAACAGUAUGUUCUUUUAUAUCUAAGAAGCAUACGUUUUUAUACAAUGACAUUUGAUAGAACAGCCAUGUUUUAACUAACGAAAACAACAUCUAUUUUUUAAAAUCUAAGCAUAAACUCUUUGAUUUUUUGCGUUUAUAAUCAAUGCUCUCUAUAGAACCCGAUGACACCUUUACACUUUCAUAUUUUUUCUGCAGGAACUCUGUCUAUUUAUAAAUCUAAUGUUAAAAUAUUGUGUAACAUAUGCUACUGUUUAUAUUUGUAUACUUGUAUAUGUGUGAUACACAAAACAUAUUGUUUCGUAUGCGUUUGUGUAAAAAAGAGAGUAAUUGUUGCGAUAAAAAGUUGUUAAAUAAUGUUUACAGUACAAAAUUUUGCGACAAGGUGUACUAUUAAUACCAACCU